CCGGCAAGCGGGGCGCGGGCCAUGCGCAGCCGCCUGUGGCUGGGCCUGGCCUGGCUGCUGCUGGCGCGGGAGCCGGGCGCCGCGGGAGCCCAGAGCGCGAGCGCGCCGCGCAGGGCGCGCAGCUACCCGCACCUGGAGGGCGACGUGCGCUGGCGGCGCCUCUUCUCCUCCACGCACUUCUUCCUGCGCGUGGACCCCGCGGGUCGUGUGCGAGGCACCCGCUGGCGCCACGGCCCGGACAGCAUCAUCGAGAUCCGUUCUGUCUACGUGGGUGUUGUGGUUAUCAAGGCCGUACACUCAGGCUUCUACGUGGCCAUGGACCGCCGGGGCCACCUCUAUGGGUCGCGGGUCUACACUGUCGACUGCAGGUUCCAGGAGCGCAUUGAGGAGAACGGCUACAACACCUAUGCAGCACUCCGCUGGCGCCACCAUGGCCAGCCCAUGUUCUUGGCACUGGACAGGAAGGGGUCCCCCCGGCCUGGCGGCCGGACGAGGCGGCACCACCUGUCCACCCACUUCCUGCCCGUCCUGGUUUCCUGAGGCCCCACGAGGCCGGGAGGGGCCUCUGACAGACUCUCGAGGCGCAGGCUUGAACUGGCGCCUGUUCUUUCAUUGAGUGCUUGCUGCUGGGACACAGCGGGGCCCACACGUGAGGCUGGCUCCUAGGGAGCCCCCAGUCAGCAUCCCUGUGUCUAGUCACGAGUU